CCUCUGGGGUCUAAAGCAAAAGCGAAAGCGAAUGCGACGCAAGGCGGCUAGUUCAGGGAGCUUCGCCAGUCACCUCCUCAGGGACCGUCAGGCAUCUGCACACGCUGGUGGCAGGGCGUCCCCACCAGUGUGAGGACAUGGUGGUCGAGAGUAAGGCCAGGACCCGCUUGCUCAGGGACUGCUGGCUCAGCAACAUCCCCACGCUACUGCUGCUGCUGCUGCUGCUCCGGCCGCCGGCGACGCUGGGUGCCACGUGCUCUACCCCCAUAUCUGUUGAACAUGCAAACAUCCAGGUCAAGAGUUACAAUGAGAACUCCAGGGAACGGUACAUUUGUAACUUUGGUUUCAAGCGUAAAGCUGGGACAUCCAGCCUGACUAAGUGCCUGCGUAACGAGGAUACAAACAUUACCCAGUGGACAAUUCCAAGUCUCAAGUGCAUCAGAGACCCCUCCCUGACUCGCCCAAGGCCACCCUCCACAGUAGCUCCGGCAGGGGUGACCCCAGAGCCAGACAGCCCCUCCCCUUCUGGAAAAGACUGCUACCCUCGUCAAAACUGGGGAGGGCCUGGGAUGUUGCCUGCCUCACGUGCUAGCCCCCCACAGUUCCAGGGGUACUGGCAGAAGAUGCGACACUGCUGCAUCAGAGACUUGUUGUGGCCAUCACUUUCUAAACUAGAGCCAGCUUUCACCACAAUGGCCACAAAGCCAGGUACUACACCGGGCUCCAGGCUGAUGACACCAAAACCUCCUUCUGCAGAAACCACAGAGAUCACUGGGAAUGAGCCCUCCCAAGACCAAUCUCAAACAACAGCAAAGGCCUUAGAACACACUCUCUCUGCCUCUGAGGAGAAGCCAGGUGCAUAUGCGUACAGUUCCACGGCCGUCACUGUGGCAGUAUCCAUACCUGUCCUUGUGAUUUGUGGAGUGUGUGUGGCAUUUCUUCUAGUACGUCACUGCAAAAAAUCCAGGCAAAAUUCCUGGACACCCAGUGUUCAAAUGGAAAAUAUGGAAGAUACGCCAAUGACUGGGGGAACCGAUGGCAGAGAGGAGGACGCAGAAAACCACCACACAGCCUAGGAAACCCCAGGGGCCAGCGCGGGGCCAGCAAGGGCUUGAGCAAGGGCACCGAUUCUGCUCUGGCCAGAGGGAACCUAGAAAAGACUCAAGAUGUUGGGCACCAGGGAAAAGCUGCGAGGAUGCCAAAACGAUUGGCUAUCAUUUAUCAACUGUGCCUACCCUAGACACUGCCUGGAUGAGUAAGUUCUCCAGGCUUAGCACAAAAAAACCGCAUGCCAGGCCCUGCCUCAGAUAUAGGACCAAGUUACCAAAGUCUCAGCUUGAAGGCCUCAGGUCUUCCUAUCAGGGCUUUUAUUUCACUAUGACAUUUACUCAGGAUAGCUUAUCAGCUUGACUCUUUCUUCUGUCCCUCCUCUUGGCUUGCACUUUACAAAGAAAAGAAAUAUGCCUGAGGCUCUAAGUGAAUUUAGGAGGCUCCUCUGGCUUGGGAAAAAUCUAUAAGGAUUGGGCAUCAGGUUUUCAGCUCCUAAAACUCUCCCCAGUUCGGUGCUCUGCAUUUACUGAAAGGGAGGGAAGAGAUAUUGUGCCCAGUGAAUCUUCCCGAUUUAAGGAUUCAGAAAGAAAACUGAACUCAGUGACAUUUUCUGUAUAUAUGCCUUUAUAUUUAUAUUCCCUUAUCUAUUACAUCUACAUAUUAUAUGACCUCUAUUUUGAA